UGUUCGAUUGUUUUAGACUGGAGAUAAGAUGGCCGCGAACUGUCAGCUGUGAUAAUUCUCACGCUCUUGUUAUUUUCUUGUAAUAUUCAUAUCUGUAAGUUACUGAAAGAAAUGGGUUUAUCGCAGAGUUCAGAAGUACCCGAAGGAGGGACGUAUGGAUACCACGUGCACGGCGUGCAGCCGAAUUCCCCUGCAGAAAAAGCUGGACUGCAGCCCUUCUUUGACUUCAUUCUGUCCCUGGACAAUAAAAGACUUAAUGAGGAAAAUGAACAGCUGAAGGAGCUCCUGAAAGCCAACAUGGAGAGAGCAGUGAAGUUGGAGGUGUACAGCACUAAAAGCAUGAGGGUUCGUGAGCUGGAGGUAGUGCCCAGUAACAUGUGGGGAGGACAGGGCCUGCUGGGUGCCAGUGUUCGCUUCUGCAGCUACCAAGGAGCCAGUGAGAAUGUCUGGCACGUCCUGGAUGUGGAGGUUAGUUCACCUGCUGCACUGGCCGGGCUUCAGCCAUACAGCGACUACAUUGUUGGAGCAGAUCAGGUGUUGCAAGAUUCAGAGGAUUUCUUCUCGCUGAUCGAGGCCCAUGAAGGGAAGCCCCUGAAGCUGCUGGUAUACAACACAGAAACAGAUGCCUGCAGAGAGGUGGUGGUCACACCAAAUGGAGCGUGGGGAGGAGAGGGCAGUUUGGGUUGUGGCAUUGGUUAUGGCUACCUGCACCGAAUCCCUGCAAAUCCUGAUGUACUGACUGAAAAGCCUCCCACUCCUGUCCCUGAGGAGAAACCGUCUCCAUCACUGCCUACACAUGGAUUUACAGAGGCGCCUCUAAUGGCACCUUCAAGCCAAAGUGAAGAUGUAUUAGACCUGGAGCAGAUCAGCCUCCACGAAGCUCCUCUACCUCCACCCAUCCAGAGAGUCAUGGACCCUGGUUUUUCAGACUCUGAAGUGGCAGUGAUGAACCCUGACACUGCAGAUUUGGCGGACAGGCUGGAUCUGUCCAUGUCGUCCAUUGACAUGACCAACACCUCACUGGCUAUGCAUGAGGAGAAGGACGGUGAAAUCUCUGGUGUUGAGGAGCUGGAGGACAGUGUACUGCUCUCAUCAUCAGCAAAUUACCAGGCUGAGUCAGAAGAGCUUUGCUCCCAGAUGAUCAUGGACCUCACCUCUGCUCUCUCUUCCACUGACAUUUUCACUGAUUCAGGCAUAAAACCAGCUGAACCAUACCACCCAGGCACCGAGUCCACAGAUCUACAGAGCUUUCCCAUCAAGUCUAGCAAUAGCCCAAGUCCACCUAUGGGUGCGUUGUCUCUCCCUGUAGACCCCCUUGACCCUCCUGCUGAGUCCUCUGCCACAGCAGAAGACCCUCCCUGCCCAUCUCCCGUCGAUCUCCUCCAAUCCUCGGCUGUUGACGAGUCCACCACAGACGAUUCUCCUCCAGUGGAGGAGGCUGCAGAGCCUCUAGAUGUGGUUUCAGCUCAGCAGUGCAGCCAUGAGCACGAUGAGGAGGAACCAGAAGAGCCACAUGUUGAGUAAGCUUGUGUCAGGUCAUACAGAGUACAGAAAUGCAAAGUGAAGUUGACAAUCGCAUCUUAAAGGGUUUUUAAAGAAACACUACAGAGGAAAUACAGGACAGACCAGACAGACAACUGUCUGAUUUGACACUGAUAGUCUUAAUUUUUGCAUAAGUGUUUGUCAGAUUAGUUACACUACAGGAACCAGCGAUGGCAUUAACAUAUAAGUAGAAAACACUGUAGGAAUAUCCUAUUUCUUUUAUAUGUGAGAAUUUAAAGUUACAGCUAAUUUGUUAGCCAAAAAGGAUGUAAUGUUGUUGACAUUCUCCUUGUCUGGUGCAAAAUUAGAUUAUACGGGUGCUUCUGGUACACUAUUGUGAUGAAAACUUGAAUACAUCCAAAGAUAAAACACUUAGUAUAUGGGAAAAAAACACCAUGCAUUUACUGCACCUUAAUAUUCGUAACACUAUCAAAGUUUUUAAAGCUACCAGAUUGUUAGCAGUUUAGAUGAAUUGCAAGUCUCAUGGUGCAGUCUUUUAUCGGUUUGAUGUGCUUUGAAGAAGCAUUAUCCACAUGAUCCCCCAAAUACAGCUAAAAAAAGCUUAAUUAUAAGAGGGACAUUUAUGUUUAUUGGGUUUUAAAAUGUUUUUACUGUGAGAUAAGGUAAAUAUUUGUCCACUUAUAUUGCUUUAUACCAGUUAGUCCGUGUUUUUACACUAGAUUCCAUGACGUCAGUACAUUUUAAAUGCUGUCUAAUUCAUCAGCCAUGUAGUCUGUGAUCAGUCUGAAAACCAUUAUACUGCCGGUCAAGCUGGAAUCAUGUCCCCAUGUUUAAAUGACAUUAUUUUUACUUUAUAAUCUAUGCAAUAGUCGACAAAAGCUGCUUGUGACUUUACAGGCACUGCAUUCAUAAUGUAAAUCCAGGAGAUAACAAACCUUUUGUCUGGUAACAGUCAUACUGCUGUUGAGUAAUAGUUAUCCAUUUUUCUAGGGGGGCUACUAAAUGUUUUUCACUGUUAAAGUAGGUGCUAGUGUAUAAAAUAAGGAAAAGUAUUUUUGCAGAUAUUUUAUCAAUGAAUUGUAUGUUUUAUUAGGAAUGAGUGCAGUCUUUUGAUGAAUGUGAGAUGGGUGAAUCUUUGAUGGUUAAACAAUCAUAUCACUUGACUUAAACCAAAAAAAAGAAAUUGUCCCUUGUUUUCUCUUAUUUCACACUCAUUAGCUGAAAACAUUACAACUCACGAAACAUCCAUUUAUAAUUCCCAUAAAUCUGUCAUUGUUAAACCAUUCCAAUUUAUUUCUCUGAAUGCCUAAAAUAUACAUAUUUCACAAAUUAUUACAACAGGGAUAUUGCAGUGUUAUGGCCUAAUUACGGUACCCAUCCUGUUUUUGGCCAAUUAGAGCUCAUUCGAUGCGUCCCUGCUACAGUGUUUUUUACACACACACACACACACACACACACACACACACACACACACACACACACACACACACACAC